AUGAAUUUUGAGGUGAGUGAACUUGAAGCACUAAUGAGAGAUGCUCAAAGACGGCUGGAUGUCGCUCGUGUGGCGGCUGACCGAAAGGAGGCUCUGGAGAACGAACAGAUUGAUAUAUUGACUAGAGAUCUGAACGAUGCUAACAGACGAGUGGCUCAUUUGGAAGCGGAAUUAGGCCGAAUGGCAGAAGAGUUAGCCGAAGCCCGUGCUUCAUCGCAGCGUGGAGGAUUGGAGGACAUCGCCGCAUUAGGUGGUCUCAUGAAGGAAAAGGACGAGCUGAUUGCCCGUCUCACCGAGGAGAACCAGCGCCUGGUUGAAGCGGCGGCGGUGGAGGCGAAAAAGGCUCGCACUCAAUGCGAUGAGAUGGCAGUUGAGCUCGAGAAGCGAGCUCAUCAAAUGAAACAAUUCGAGGCUCUGCUAGCUGAUCAGAGCGAUUACGAAGCGAUCAAGAAGGAGUUGAGGUUACUUCGAGAAAUCGAAUUUGGCGAGGCGGCAACUGCCAACGAGGAUUCGAUCGCGCGUCUUGGUGAAACCGUUCAAUCGCUCGACAAACUGUUAGCUGCCAAAAACCGCCGCCUUCAGAAUGACAACGCGCAGUUGCGACAGGCAAAUGAGCUCUACCAAGGCGAUGAGAUUAUGCAGGCAAUCCUAGCUGGGAGCCAUCAGGCUGUUGUUGAAGUGGUGUCGACCCGAGUUGGGCGAGAGGUAGCCGAGGGAUAUGUGGAUGCGAACGCUGACCAUAUUCGACACCUACCCAAACCUGACAAUAAGGAGCCUGAACGUGCCAAAUCAGACCCGGAUGAUCGACAGAACCUCUUCAAAAUCCUUAUGAAUAUGGGUUCCGUGCCAGCUGGUGGUUCUCGCGCUGAAAAUGGCUCUGCUACUUCACGAGGGAACAACACUCGCUCGCCAUCUACGGAGAUUCCCUUCGAACACUUCCGCUAUUCACCGAAGCUCACGAACUACACAGGGGAACCGGCAAAAACUCCACAAGAGCUGAAAGCCAUCCAAGAUCUUCAGGCUAGAAAUGUACGUGCCCUCGGAUCACGCGCUCUGAACACAGCGGAGAUCGCGAGGCAGUGCAAACGCCUCAUGGUCGCCUACAACAUCGGACAGCGCCUGUUUGCGAAAUACGUCAUGAACCAGUCGCAAGGGUCUCUGAGCGAGUUGCUAUCGAAGCCCAGACACUGGAGCAAACUCACCGACAAAGGACGCGAAGCCUUUCGACGAAUAUACGGCUGGAUUUCGGACGCUGAAGCGGUCGAUUUACUGUGCUCGUUGAGUCCGCGUCGUGUUUGGCCCAGUGAAGUUCGUAUUGAGCAUCCUACACCGGAAUCCUUAUGGGAAGGUAACAGCGGCAUGGUUCCACCGGAUGAACCUGACGAGAACUCGUUCAAACGGGCAGCAAGCGCUCGAGAGGACCAGUAUCGUCUUGCCGGCACGAACCAGGCUGCCAACGCGGGCUCAACGACGCGAAACAGCCGCUGGCGCCAUGACGACAUCCCCAAGGAGAAAAUCAUGAGCAUUUUCCAGACAGAACUGGCGAAGUUGAGGGAACAAUUGGAAGACACAUCCCCAUCCUAUCAUGAAAUGUCGCACAACGAAAGAAUGGCCUCUAUCAGUCAUGCCCAUCAGGUAAUGAGUACUCGAAUGCGCGUCGGACUGUCGCCGAUUACCCAAGAGCAGUUCGAGAUGUUUGGGCACAUCGAUACGGAUGAUGUUGUCAAGCAGAUCAAGGAGUUCUUAUCGAUGAAUUCCAUUUCCCAGCGACAAUUUGGAGAGCACGUCCUUGGCUUAAGUCAGGUAAAUUUUCAUCAAAUUCCUACAGUUUGGAAACCAUUUGACUACUCCUAG